AUGAACUCUCUUAUUUCCUCCAGCAGGAGCCAAAAGUUAAACGAGGGAAACCAGAGCACUGUUUCCACUUUCAUUCUGUUGGCCUUUUCAGAAUAUCCAGACCUCCAGGUGCCCCUGUUCCUGGGAUUCGUCAUCAUGUACACGGUUACCGUGUUGGAAAACCUUGGCAUGAUUUUGAUCAUCAGGAUUAAUCCUAAACUUCACACUCCUAUGUAUUUUUUCCUCAGCCAUCUAUCCUUUGUGGACUUUUGUUACACGUCUGCAAUUGCACCGAAGCUGCUAGAAGUCUUGCUUGUUGAAGACAAAAGCAUCUCCUUCAUAGGGUGCAUAGCACAAUAUUUCCUUGGCUGUACGUUUGUGAUUACAGAAAUGUUCAUGCUGGCAGUGAUGGCCUAUGACAGGUUUGUGGCUGUCUGUAACCCCCUGCUUUACACUGUCACUAUGUCUCAUCAGCUCUGUGCUCUCCUCGUAGCUGCAACUUAUGUAUGGGCUGGAAUCUUUUCCUCCACUCUCACAUACAUUCUUUUGCAACUAUCCUACUGUGGACCUAACGUCAUCAAUCACUUUUGCUGUGAAUACUCUGCCCUCCUCUCCGUAUCCUGCUCAGACAUCGCCUUCAGUCAAAUGGCGUGUUUAGUCAUUUCUAUGUUUAAUGAGGCUUGUUGCCUUGUGAUCAUCAUUGCCUCCUAUGUGUUCAUCGUUAUCACUGUCCUCAAGAUCCCUACUAAGGGGGCCCUCCGAAAAGCCUUCUCUACCUGCGCCUCUCACCUCACCGCCAUCGGAAUUGGCCAUGGGAUAGUCCUUCUUCUCUACUGUGUGCUCAAGUCCAGAAGCUCUCUGUUUCUGGUGAAAAUAGCCACCGUGUUCCACAGCUUGGUCAUCCCUAUGCUGAAUCCCCUCAUCUAUAGCCUAAGAAACAAAGAUGUUAAAGACACUGUGAAGAAGUUAGUCUACCUAAAGUUUAUUUUUCAUUCAAUGUAA